AUGCCUCCCGAGGAGUCCAAGCCCGUGGAGCCCGUCGUCGACGAGACCGACGCCAAGCUCAAGGGCAAGCAGGCCGAGAUCGAGUCCGACGAAGACGACGACAAUGACCCCGCGACCACGACCGCAACGGGCGAAGGCGCACCCGCCGCGGCCUCCUCCUCGAGCAAGAAGAAGAAGUCGAAACGCAAGAAGGCCAAGGAGCUGCUCACGGGCCACAAGUCCAGCGCCGACCACGAGUCCGAGAUCAAAAAGGCCAUCGGCGGGCUCACGCCGCAGCAGAUGAAGGAGCUGCUGGCGCUGAACCCGAGCCUGCGCGACGAGCUGUCGCAGGCGUCGGGCAGCGCGGACCCGUCCCCCGAGCAGGCCGCCGAGAUGCUCAAGAAGAUGAACCUGCAGGACAUCAUGACGGGGCUGGCCGCCGCGGGCAAGAACGUCAAGGACAUGGGCGCGUACAAGUUCUGGCAGACGCAGCCCGUCCCGCGCUUCGGCGAGAACGAAAAGGUGGCCGAGGAGGGGCCCCUCAAGAUCCAGACGGUCGACGAGGUGCCCAAGGAGCCCGCGCCGCUCAUCCCGGGCUUCGAGUGGGUGACGGUCGACCUCAACAGCGACGAGGAGAUCAAGGAGGUGUACGAGCUGCUCAACGGGCACUACGUCGAGGACGACGAGGCCAUGUUCCGCUUCAACUACUCGCCCGAGAUUCUGCGAUGGGCCAUGAUGUCGCCCGGCUGGAAACGCAAGUACCACGUCGGCGUGCGCGCCUCGCAGUCGCGCAAGCUCGUCGCCUUCAUCUCCGCCAUCCCCUGCCGCCUGCGCGUGCGCGAAAACUACAUCAUGUGCUCCGAGGUCAACUUCCUGUGCAUCCACAAGAAGCUGCGCGGCAAGCGCCUCGCCCCCGUCCUCAUCAAGGAGGUGACGCGCAUCAGCAACACCGAGGGCGUCUGGCAGGGCCUCUACACGGCCGGCAUCGUCCUGCCCCGGCCCGUCAGCACGUGCCGCUACUUCCACCGCUCCAUCAACUGGCAGAAGCUCAACGAGUGCGGCUUCAGCCCCCUGCCCGCCGGCAGCAAGCCCCAGUACCAGAUCCGCAAGUACGCGCUGCCGGAUAGCACCUCGACGAGGGGCCUGCGUGCGAUGACGCCCAAGGAUAGUCCCGCCGUGCUGGCCCUGAUGAAGCGCUAUCUCAAACGCUUCGACAUGGCGCCCGACUUCACCGAGGAGGAGGCCCUACACUGGUUCAUCCCCAAGCCGAACGUCGAGCAGGUCAUCUGGUCCUACGUCGUCGAGGACUCCGACAAGAAAAUCACCGACUUCUUCUCCUUCUUCUGCGUCGAGUCGUCCAUCAUCAACAACCCCAAGCACGACGUCCUACGCGUCGCCUACCUCUUCUACUACGCCUCGGAGACGGGCCUCGCCCAGCCCUUCGACAAGGCCGCCCUCAAGACGCGCCUCAACGGCCUCAUGCACGACGCCCUCAUCCUCGCCAAGAAGGCCCGCUUCGACGUCUUCAACGCCCUCACCCUCAUGGACAACGCCCUCUUCCUCGAGCAGCAAAAGUUUGGCGGCGGCGACGGCCAGCUGCACUACUACCUCUUCAACUACCGCAUGAACCCCAUCGCCGGCGGCGUCGACAAGCGCAACCAGCUGGACGAGGAGAACCUGAGCGGCAUCGGCCUGGUGAUGCCGUAA